CCUCUCUUAUCCAUGAGCAAAAAAAAAACUCUCAACCCCUCUUUCUCUCUCCAACUUGCUACUUAUCCAUGAGCAAAUAAUUAGAAAAUGAGUAAUUAAGUUUUGGGUACAUAUAGUUGUAAAUAAGCAAAUUAGAGAGAGAAAUGAAAAAAAAAUUGUGUUAAAUUAUAUAAAAAAUUGAUGUCUAUUUGUAGAUCUUGAAUUUUUAUGAAUGAUGGUAAUUUUAUUUUAUUUUUUUAUGAAUCAUAAAUAUAAACAAAUAAUCUUUGAAAAAUAAUUGUUACAUGAUUUUUUAUCUCAUGCCACAUGGCAAAUUUAGAUUUGGUGAAUUUCCCCAUUCCAAAUGAAAAAAAUGCCCAUACUAAUGGGGUUUUUUUGGUUUACCACUCCCCAAGUGUAAAAUUUCUCCAACCAUUAAACCCCUAAAUUUUCAUUUUCCCCUUAUAUUUUCUCCAAGUGCAAAAAUUUUUCCCAAAAUUUCCAAUGCUCUUAUAAGUAACAAAAUAUGGUAAAAGAGAGGUGCAUAAAGUUGCGACUAAAAAGAAGACGAACGUCGGUCGGUGUGAACCUCAACGACAGAGUGAAGAUUGAAGAUUGAAGAUUGAAGAUUGAAGAUUGAAAAUUGAAGAGGCGACGGAGCAAAACUGUAGAAUUUAGAAGGUCAACGACGUGGAUGACAAACCCAAAUGACACUUGUUUUGCAACUCUACCUCUUUCAAAGACACGUUCUUCACUGCUUUUAAUCACUAUCUCAUUGUUUUUGUUAUUUGAUUCUCAUGCUUUAUGCUGCUGCUGCACUACUAGUAGUACUCACAACAUCAACUGAUCAACACUAUGGACAGUAAAAAGUAUAAAUCCGAGGUUUGCAGUAUGCAAUCUAGAAGUUCCAGUAGCAACUUCUCCUUACAAGAUGCAUUUCAUAUGGUUGAUGCUGAUUUCUUCAGUAACAAGAAGAUGGUCGAUAUCGUGAAGGAGGCUUCGGAGUUCACACUCCCUAUUACUAAAGCUAAUCGCCAGUUGGUUGCUACUUCGAAUGGGGGACUGAAAUAUCCAUCUGUUUUAGUUUUUCACCCUGAAUGGGGAGCUAAGCAAGGAGAGCCUGCAAAGAAAGCUUUCACCUACCCUUCAUUUCCCGACAUUCAGAGGCCUGUUGAUGAAGAGGAUAUUGCCUUUAUGAGUAUUCUUGAACUGGGGCAGCUCAUUAAGGCGAAAAAGAUUUCAUCAGUAGAGCUUACUGAAAUUUUCCUCAAGAGACUGAAAAGGUAUAAUUCUGUUCUCCAAGCCGUAGUGACUGUAACAGAGGAACUAGCGUACAAGCAAGCAAAAGAGGCUGAUCGGCUUCUUUCUGAAGGAGUAUAUUUAGGUCCACUGCAUGGGAUUCCUUAUGGAUUGAAAGACAUAAUUGCAGUCCCCCAAUAUAAGACAACUUGGGGAUCCCAGAGUUUCAAAGAUCAAGUACUUAAUAUUGAAGCUUGGGUCUACAAAAGGUUAAAGUCUGCAGGUGCAGUCCUUGUUGCAAAGCUUGUAACUGGAUCAUUAGCCUAUGAUGACAUAUGGUUUGGAGGAAGGACAAGGAACCCCUGGAACAUAGAGGAGUUUACGACUGGUUCUUCUGCAGGACCUGCAGCUUGCACCUCUGCAGGCAUGGUGCCAUUUGCCAUUGGGUCAGAAACUGCAGGCUCAAUCACCUACCCUGCUGCACGUUGUGGUGUAUCGGCUUUACGUCCAACUUUUGGUACUGUUGGUCGAACUGGUGUGAUGAGUGUAUCCGAAAAUUUGGAUAAGCUUGGGCCUUUUUGCAGAAGUGCAGCAGAUUGUGCCAUCAUUUUGGAUAAUAUACGAGGAAAGGAUCCAGAUGACCUGUCUUCAAGAGAUAUGCCCUUUGGUGAUCCUUUUACUGUCGAUAUCACAAAACUGACUGUUGGAUAUCUUGAUGAUUCUGAGAAGGAGGUUGUUAAUGUUCUUGCAUCUAAGGGUGUUAAAAUGAUUCCUUUUAAACUCGAUUACACGGUUGACUCGGUUCAAGGAAUCUUAAAUUUCACAAUGGAUGUCGAUAUGCUAGCUCAUUUUGAUGAGUGGCAGCGCUCUGGAUUGGAUGAUGCAUAUGAAGCUCAGGAUCAAUGGCCAUCUGAGCUGCGCCGUGCACGAGUCAUCACAGCAGUAGAUUACAUGCAGGCACAGAGAGCUAGAGGAAGACUAAUUGAAGAAGUGCGAGAAAGUUUUACAGUUGAUGCAUUUAUUGGUAAUGCAACAGACUGGGAGAAAGUAUGCAUGGGUAACCUAGUUGGCAUGCCUGUGAUGGUUAUACCUGUUGGAUUCGAGUCAAUUGAUAAACCACCAUCAAGUCAUAUUCGGAGGAGAAAGACCGUCACAACUGGCAUCUAUGCCCCUCCUCAACAUGAUCACAUAGCUCUAGCGCUGGCUAUGGCUUAUCAGUCAGUAACUGAUCAUCACAAACAACGCCCACCAAUCGAUGAUCUUGGUCCAAAUGAUUCCAUUUCAAAUACAGCAAGUACUACCUAUCCUCCAAGGCAGUUGCGAGCAUGAUUAUAUGUGCCAAUUAAUUAGCUGCCAUUGAAAAUCUCUGCUGCACUACCAUGAAUGACAGUAUAUACCUUUGAUAUGCAUGGUGUUUGUUAUGUGGCUCCAACAUAGAGGAGUUUAAGGCUUCAAUGUGAAUUGUAAUUCCUUUGAAAAUUAAAUCUUAAUUUUGUCAUCAGUGUCAUAUCUGCGAAUCACUUGUCCAAACUUAUCGGAACCGAAAAUGCACAUCUAUCACCAAAUGAAGAAGAAACUCAAGCAACAAAAGAAAUUAAUGUAUGGAGCUAAAUUGGCAUUCUAAUAUUUCUAAUUCUAGUAUAUGUAAUGAGAAAGUGAAUGUUGUGUAAUAAAAAACAAUUUUUUUUCAAUAAUAUGACAUUUCAUUUCA